AUGGCAGACUCCGGCACGGAGAGGGCCAUGGCCCCGGAGGACAUGCCCCGCCUGGGCCCGACGUGGAGCCGGGGAGGCGGGAUGUUCAAGCCCCCCAAGAGGCCGGAAGGGCACGUGGAAGGGGAAGAGGGCGUUGGGACGGGGGCACCCUCGCCGGGCACCGGCACCGGGGGGGGGCGGGGGUCCACCCUGGCUUCCUCGGCUGCCGAUCCCCCUUCGAGGAAGGCGCCGCCCGUCUUCGGGCACGCGGCAAGAGGCGGCUUAGAAGCGCUAGCCAGCGCCACAACUCAGCGCGGCUUCGCCCCCCGCGACGGCAGCGGCGGCCUCUCCGGGGGCACGGCGGCCGUGGAAACAGGAGGGGUGGGGGGCGUGCGCAUCGCCGCCGGGCCCCCGCCGCCGGAGACGGGCGGAGGCGGACUGGGACCGCCGGGUCGCUGGGAACGGGAGCGCGCGGCUUCGAUCGACAAGCGCAAGGUCCAGCGCUUCUCCCCCGAGGAACUGCUGGCCCUCAGGAGGGCCCCCACGAGACCACUGGGCAAGAUGCCCGUCCUGGGUGGCGACAUCUCCAUCAUCGUGUCCGAGGAACCGCUGGAGCCGGUGACGGCCACUCCGGCCGAUCAGGAGGCCAUCAGCAGGAUUUGGGCCGCGGCGGCCGAGCGUCAACCUAUGAGGGGCAGACGUUCUCGUUGGGGGGGAGGGGAUGACGGACCGGGGGGCGGGGGCGGAGCCCCCCCUGCCCCCGGACACGGGGGUGGCGGGGGCGGGGGUCGCUGGGGCGGAGGGGGCGAUCGUUCCCACGUACACCGGCGCGAGAGCGAGGACGACUUGUGGGACGAUGUGGGCGGCGGCGGCGGUGGAGGACACGCCGCAGAUGGAAGCGGGGGUCUCCACGGAGUCGAAGGGAUGGACCUUCUGUCGAUGGCGCAGAAGGCGGACAAGUUCCAGGAGCAGAUGGACAGCAUGAAGCGCCGCAUGGAGGGCGUGGAGCUGCACGAGCAGAAAGAGGAGGGGGGGGCGGGGACGUUCGAGGGGGGCUCGCGGAUUGGAUCGCAGGGGAAUAUGGGGGCGAUGGGCCCCGGCGGUGCCGCUCCCCCUGCUGCUGCUGCUUCUGCUGCCGCUGCUGAGCGGUUCAACAUCCUCGCCGAUCUCGGCAUCUUUCCGCAAGAUGCGGCGCAACCCGCCACUGGCGGGGGCGGCGGGGGUGCCGCGAUUUCCUCCGCGGGGGGUGGCGCUGCGGAUGGGGCGGCGGCGCGCGACGGCGGGGUCACUGCGGAAGGCCCAGUACGGCAUGCAGCAGCAGCAGCAAGGCCGACCCGAUCCUGGCGCCGAUCUCUUGUCCAUGCUGCAUGA